AAUAUUCGGAAAGCCGGAAAUCGCUUGUGCGGAAAACGGAACAGUUGGUCUACUGAUAGGCGCAUCGCCACCGGUGCCGGGGUCUCCUGGAGGCGAGACUGGUGCUAAAAUCUGGUGGCGCCGCGAUUUAGCGCGCCCCGGCUUUCAGUCGUCUAUGGAAGUUUGUCGCUUGGAGGCACGGAGCGUCUCAGUGUCCAGCUUCAGGGGAUCUGCAAGCACUGCCGUGACGCUCUUCACCAAAAGGAGUACGAACGGUAGCAUCGAUCAGAUGAGCGGGGUUGGGACGGGAACGACGUUCGGUGCGCCGUCGGGCGAUGAACUUCGGUGUACGGGUUGUCAAAAUCCGAUUAGAGAAAGGUACCUUCUAAGAGCUUUAGAGCAAUUUUGGCAUGAAGACUGCCUAAAAUGCGCCUGCUGCGAAUGCCGGCUAGGAGAGGUAGGAAGUACGUUAUACACGAAAAGCAAUCUGAUUCUCUGCAAAAGGGACUAUUUACGGUUGUUUGGAGCUACAGGUCACUGCUGUGCCUGUGAAAAGGGAAUUCCAGCAUUCGAAAUGGUGAUGCGGGUAAAGGGUAACGUGUACCACCUUGACUGUUUCGCCUGUCAACAUUGCAACCACAGGUUUUGCGUUGGGGAUCGAUUUUUUUUACAUGAGAACAGAAUCCUCUGCGAAGCUGAUUAUGAAACAGUCCGUCGACAUUCGACGUCCAACUCCCCACGGUUACCGUUAGCCACCCUUCAGCAACACAAUAAGCCAAGCAGUGUGGAGGUACCUUGUGACAGCGUUUACGACUCCAGAUAAUAAAUGGUAGCUUCUAACCUCAAUCAAGGCCAUUUCCGCUAUUGCAAAUGGGGUCGGCCAGUUACGAUCAGAGUGCGGCAGAAUAGUGGAAAUUCGUAGCAAAAGCAAACAAGGAUCGGGACGAUGACAAAAUGGAGCCAUAACCUUCGACCUGGACGUCGCCGCCCGAAUUAGAUCGUAUGUCCUAAGAGGACCUCGAGAUCUAAUAUUGAUGCAGCUUCCUAGGUUAACCCUCGGCUAAUCUGACCAAGCGGGAUGUUAAACGUCCGUUUCGAUUGUAUCAGUUGACGGAGCAGCUUUUGUUGGCAGACAAUGUUAUCUACGUACACUGUAGACAUUCAUGCUUUUUACUGACCAUUGUUUAGAAUGCUGGUUCCACGGGUGAAAAUUACACUCUGUGUACUCGAAUAUAUAGCAGGGACGAUGCGGUAAUGAAUUUUUAAGAGGGUCUUCGUUGUCCGUUGCUAUACGCCUAGAGUGUAGCGAAGCUCCGCUCUGCCGUCGAUUUAACGACCUUUCGUAUUAGCAGUGACUGUUUUUCAUUAUUUUUUAAUGGUGUUUGAGUGUAUUUUCGCGUACACCCUGCGUGAUAGAUCACAGCUCUGACUGACACUAAGCGGUGUCUUGCACGAUACAGUGAUGAGCUAUAUCUAUUAGAAAAUACGUACUCCGAAAAAGUGUUGAAGUUGUAUAGUUUCAAGCACCACAUUGUACAGAGGAGUCCCGUCGCGAAACAGAGCUAGAUGCAAGUGAAUUUUGGAUCGAACCCAAGAUAACCCGCCAACAUGUCAUUUGCUUGCUGAAAAUAGUUAUUAUAUGCUCGUAUUAACACGUUAAUUACGUUCUAGUCGGAACGACAAUACAUGCUUCACACUGUAGCACAUACAUAUAUGACACACACGACGGCAAACAAAUAUUGUAUCACAUUUUUUUUUUUAAACAAUAUCUAUUAGUCCUUACUGCAGUCGAUUAUACUGUGGUCUAUGUACAUAGAUAUCUCAUAACGUAUGAUCAACAUGGACGCAGGUGUCGUUAACACGAUAGCAGACGUGUAGCAAAUGACGCGAAGAAUGUACAUAACAACAAAGGAUCGAAGUAGCAAUGAAAACUGAUGUAACGGUAAUGACGAUGACGAUGAUGAUCUAAAGGGACGCGACGAAUGAUCAAGGCGAUGGUAAUAAAAAUAGCAAAUGUGGUGUGUGUAAAUAUUUAACAACAACUUCGGAGGAGUAUUCAUUCGUUCUACGGCAAGAAACAUCCUAGUAGUAAUUGUAGCUUAAUCCUGCCUUGUCCUAGAGGACCUUUUUGAACCUCUUGCAGUAAAAACAAGAAGGUAACACUCUUUACAGCUUAAGAAUCUGAUAUGUCCUGUGACUGAUAGAAUGUACGAUGGUAGAGCAUUAUUCCUUCCGAGAACUAAGUUAUAUCAUGACCGAGGUGGUAUCCUCUAAUUAUUGUUGGUUAUAUCCAUUAAUUAUCGUUGGCGAUCCAACAGGAUUCUGGGUUAAAUAUUUAGCAGACACUAUAUUGAAUCGGUAAGUGUUCUCCUAUGGUUGGCGCUUUAUGAGGUGAUAAUAAACGACGCGAAUUUAUAAAGGAAUGAGGUCGUCUGGAAUUGAAUGGGUAAUAUAAAAUUCGAUGAGAUGAGUCGUCAGCGUAACAUAAUUCAGCAAUCAAUAAAAGCA